GGGACGGUAACUUCCGCCAAUGCCCAUUGUACAAGCUGUUCUGCAAAGAGUGCCGCGGUUGUUGAGCUGCAGUCUUGUUAAAUGCGUGAUUUCUUCAAAGUUGUUUCAUUCGCUGUGGCUGGUUGUCGCAUUUUUUAACUCGGAGUCGCGUGAGCUUGUAGAAGUACCGGGUCGUUACCAGGGGGAAUAACAGCGACGGUCUCAUCGCAGGAAUCUGUUCGUUUAACGGCAGCGCAGCCACCUUGCGGUCCUGCUAGCACUGGAGCUAGCUAACGUUAGCUAGCAGCUGUGUUGUGGUGUGAAGCUUGACUUAUAUCUGCGGGAACAUGUCUUCAAUCGGAGGCUAUCACGUUUCAAAACAACUUGACUGAGAUCUGCGGGGACAUGUCUUUAAUCGGAGGCUAUCACGUCUCAAAAUAAGUCGCCGAGAGAGUCCGAAAAUAAUCACCAAAAACGGCUGUUAGCUCGCGAACUAGCCACUUAGCCGUGCUAGCUUCACUAACCGUCACCGGGAUUGUCUUUCACAAAAGGGCAACGCGUCAACAAGACACCCUGUAGCCAAAGAAACGCUGUUCUUUUUAUACAUUGGGCAGGUCGUACAAAUACUAUUACAAUAGUACAGAAUGAAUGGGUUUAGCACAGAGGAAGACAGCCACGACGGACCACCGGCUCCGCCGUUUUACGGACAGAGUUGCUGCCUGAUCGAGGACGGGGAGCGCUGCGGCCGCUCGGCUGGAAACGCCUCCUUCAGCAAAAGGAUCCAGAAGAGCAUAUCACAGAAGAAGCUAAAGCUGGACAUUGACAAGAGCGUGAGACACCUCUAUAUCUGCGACUUCCACAAGAACUUCAUCCAAAGCGUGCGCAACAAGAGGAAGAGGAAGACCAGCGACGAUGGCGGAGAGUCCCCGGAUCAUGACGUGGAGGUGCCCGAGGUCGACCUUUUCCAGCUGCAGGUGAACACGCUGAGACGCUACAAGCGACACUACAAGCUGCAGACCCGGCCCGGACUCAACAAGGCCCAGCUGGCAGAGACGGUGAGUCGUCACUUCAGGAACAUCCCCGUGAACGAGAAGGAGACGCUGACCUACUUUAUUUACAUGGUGAAGAGCAGCAAGAGCCGCUUGGACCAGAAAGACGGUGGCGGCGGCGGUGGCAGCAAACCGCUGGACUAAACCACAAAAACCACAACCACAACAACAACAAAGUCGCCAUUAAUAAUCCACACGGCUGUUCACAAACCCCCGGACAC